AUGAUAAACCGGUGGAUUUGGACAAGUGAUGAAGUCAAGGCGAGUUUGACAGUUUGUUUUUAUGAACUAAUUGUUUUCAUUCAGAACGCACCUUCUAUCCGCGCUGGAAUGAGUCAAAAAGAAGAGACGCGGCUCAGAAGGGAAGGAUGCAAAAUUGUGGUGGAAGUUGGGUCGACUUUGAGACUGUCAGUUUAUAUAUUGUGCAAUUUCAAUAAAAACUUUUCAGGAAAGCCAAUCCUACAAUGGCUACUGCUAGUACAUAUUUUCAUAGGUUUUAUAUGUAUCAUACAUUCAGCGAUUUUCCAAGAGAGGUGAAAACGUGGAUUCAAAUCUGCUAAUUGAAUCUCGCUACAGUUGACGGCUUUGGGGUGUUUGUUCCUUGCGGGCAAAGUCGAAGAAACUCCAAAAAAGUGUCGGGAUAUCUGUAAUUCUGCAGUUCAACGCUUUCCUGAUAUUUUCAACAGCUAUGCAUCUCUAACUGUAGUAAAUUCAUUUCUAUACUAAUAUCUUUUUUGGUUAUAGGAUGAAGUUAUGGGAAUCGAAAGAGUACUUCUACAAACUCUGAAGUUUGAUCUUCAAGUCGAUCUCCCAUAUGAAGCUUUAUUAGAAUACGGCAAGAUUUUCCCAGGAGUUUCAAAGGAACAGGUUUUUUUUUGUCGCACGAGUUGUGGCAAGAGCUCUUUUGAAGAUGUCAGAAACGAUUCAAAUUGCGUGGACUUUCAUAAACGACAGCUACUACACGACACUUUGCAUCACUGUAGAAGCACAGGUACUUUAGAAACUUGGUGAAUAUAUUAUUUGAAAGUGUUCGUAUUUCUUCUUAGCUUACGUUUUAUGACUAUUGGAUAGUGCAAAACGCUUCCAGUUUAUAAUCGUCAUUCGCCUCAUGGUAUUUCAACUAUUUUGUCUUAUUUCAAUUUUUCUUUGCUGCAUCUUUUGAGAAUAUCGAAAUGUGCAAAACUGAGUAUCGCAACAUCAAAAAAAAUUUAAUUAAAAACGUGUUUAAAUUAUUUUUUAAAGUUUGAUCAAACAGUUUGGAAUAAUUGUCUGGACAAUAGUAACCGGGUAAAAGUCUACUAAAAAAAAAACUGAAAAGGUAUAAAAAAGGUUUUCCAUGAAUAUUAGCUUGUUUACACGUUUUGUUCACUUGUUUUUUUGAAGUUGAUCGCGAUUGCUCUGUUGCACUUGGCAUUCACAGUGAAGGAAGUGAAGCUGGGAGCCGUGGAAAACACUUGGUGGGAACAGGACGUCUCCAACUGGUCGAACGAAGCCGUUGAUCGCACUUGUCACAUGGUUUUUCCACUCAUUCGGUCUUGAGUCACCUUUUUACUUUGAGGUACUCGAUUUCUACACAGCGACGAAAGAAAACCCGAUUUUCGCCGAACCAGCAGCUGUAGUUCCAAAUAAAUAA